GAACUUGGUCCGGGCAGCCCCCUCAGACCUCGUCUCCCGGCUCUGGUUCUUGCUUCAACAGUGUUUGGACGGAACAGACCCGGGGUUCCCCCAGCUCCCCUCGCGCUAGAUCUUCGUCCUGCAGCCCUACAGCCCCUGGGACCACCCGACCCUCGCUUUCGAGACCAUCCGCCUCCGGGACCAUCGGCCCCUGGCCUCCGAGACCAAACAGCCCCGGGACCAGCCUCCUCCUCCCGUUGCCGUCGGUGCCAUGAGCUCCACCUCUCAGAUCCGCCAAAACUUCUCCUCCGAGGCCGAGGCCGCGGUCAACCGCCUGGCCAACCUCUACCUGCAGGCCUCCUACUCCUACCUGUCCCUGGGUUUCUAUUUCGACCGGGACGAUGUCGCUCUGCCGAGGGUGUCGCACUUUUUCCGUGACCUGGCGAAGGAGAAACGCGAGGGCGCCGAGCGCCUUAUGCGGCUCCAGAACCAACGUGGGGGCCGGGUCCUCCUCCAGGCUGUGCAGAAACCUGGUCAAGAUGAGUGGGGCCGCAGCUUGGAUGCCAUGGAGGCUGCCCUGAGCCUGGAGAAGGGUCUGAACCAGGCCCUCCUGAAGCUGCAUGCCCUGGGCUCCAGCCAAGGGGAUCCGCACCUCUGUGAUUUCCUGGAGAGCCACUACCUGGGCGAAGAGGUGAGGCUGCUGAAGCGCCUGGGCGACCACCUGACCACCCUGCGCCACGUGCAGGCCGACCCCCAGCCCGGGCUGGGAGAAUACCUGUUCGAGCGGCUGAGCCUGAAGCAGGACUAGAAGAAGCAGCCCCACGAGAAGGCCGACUGGGCCCACAAUAAAGAAUAAAGCCUGCUCGAUGCUCA